AGAACAAUGUGUGGAUAUCAUAUCAUGCGUACAUCAGAUAUAUUUACAAGGACUUGAGCUGGUUGUAUUCUACAUUUUAUAUAAAUAAACUUAAAAGAUCGGAUGGAAUAAUGUGAAAAUAAAAAAUGUCUGACGUGUUUACCGAAGAGCAGCUUGAAGAGUUCAAGGAAACGUUCAGUUUGUUUGAUAAAGAAGGAGAUGGAUCUAUAUCACUGAAAGAGCUUGGUACCGUCCUCAGAGCAUUAGGUCAACAUCCAACCGAGGCUGACCUUAAUGACCUUGUUGGUAAUCUUGAAGUCGAAGGUCACAUGACUAUAGAGUUUCCGGAGUUUUUGAGUAUCCUAGCAAAAAUCAUCAAAGACACCGACCCAGAGACGGAACUUACAGAGGCAUUCAAGGUUUUCGACAAGGAAAGCUCCGGCAAUAUUUCAAACGCAGACUUACGGAGGAUAAUGACGACGUAUGGCGAAGUGUUAAAUGACGAGGAGGUCGAAGAGAUGAUAAGGGAAGCAGACACAGACGGCGACGGCAUUGUUGACUAUGCAGAGUUUAUUUCUAUGGUGAUACAGCCGUGACGGAGGCUACUCGAGUGACGAUGUAAAUAGCCACUGUCCAUAUUGAUCCUGUGAAUAUUGCUGUGAAUAAAAAAUAACAUUUGUUUCGACUUAA